UCAACAUCAUCAAAUGAGAAACAGCGCUGCUGCUUCUGCCGCCGCUCAGCCGUCCGUGCCCGCGUCCUUCGCGGCAAAAAAGUCGCAGAUCCUCGCGCACCUCGACCAACCCGCAGGCGAGUACACAGACAAUUCCCCCAAGGGGACGGUGGACGCGCAGAUCCGCGAUCUGAUCGACGAGAUCAAUCAGUAUGAGGGGCUCGUGACGACGAGCAGUUGCGCGGGCAGGGUCGCUGUGUUUGUCGAGGGCCCGAGAGCGGGCGGGCGAGGUGACGGCGCGAGGAAGCGCGGAGGGGCCGCUCAGGACGGUCAGGGUGGUCAGGAUGGUGAAGAUGCCGCGGAGCCGUGGGAUUUACAGGACAGAGAUGGAGAGCGAGAGCGAGAGGGGGGAACAGAUGGUUUGAGCGUAGGGGCUACCGGCAAGGGAAGAGGAGAGAAGACGACGACCUCGACCUCGACCUCGACGUCGCCUGGUGGCAAAGGUGGAGGGCGCUGGCUCUACGUCUCGCAUGAUCCUAUCCCCAUGCCCGCGUCCGCGUCCACCGCCAGCGCCGGCGUCAAGAAUACGUCCGAAGCAACGAAAUCAGCACAGGCGCCGGAGCAAGAGUACUUUUCCACGCUGUUCCGCCUGGGCGACCCGUCGUCGUCGUCCCUAUCCCCGUCCCCUCUGACACUCUCAUUCCAUCCUCCACCGUCUCGAACCUCGUCGCCACUCACAUUCUCCGCGCCGCAGCCGCCCCAGCUGAUCCACCUGUCCUUCUCGCCACUGAUCCUGCACAUCCACUGCGCGACCCUCCGCCACGCGCGCCCUCUGCUGGCAGCGGCGGUGAACGCCGGCUUCCGGGAGAGCGGGGUGCAGAGUCUUCGGGCGCUGGACGAUGCCGAGCACGGGGUGAUGGUUGCCGUGAGGACGGCGGGGCUGGCCUUUGAGACCCUCGUGGGCGUGGCGCGCACACCACCGCCACCACCACCGGACCCAUCCCCCUCGUCACCCUCCGAUGGUGGUGGUGGUGAGCAGCGCCGGGUGCUGAUUGACACGGGAGAAUCCCACCGCCAAGGUCAAGGCGAGGGAGCAACGCACAGGGUCGUAAGCGAGGAGUACCUCGCCCUGUGCGCCGGGGUGGUCAACGAGCGGUUCGCGUGGAACGACGAGCGCAGGGAACGGUUUCGGCGCGAGCUGAAGAGGGCGAUGGAGCGGGACGGACUGGGGUUUGGGACGGCAGGCAAGGAGGAAGAACCCGAGACGCGAUCACUUGCGUGGGAAGAUAAAGAUGAACGAAGGAGGCGGAAACGAGAGGAGGGGCUCGAGAGGCAGAGGCUCAGAAAGGCAGAUGCGGCGAGGAGCGAGGCGAGGCAAGCAAAUGAGCUGGAGGCGCUGGAUCAGGAUCAGGAUCAGGAUCAGGAUCAGGAUCAGGAUCAGGAUCAGGAUCUCACAGCGCUCGGCUUUGAUUGAUUGAUGCGUAAAUUCUUCAGCUACACAUCUCCUCUGGGCUUCAUCAAAGACACAACCGUACGGCAACUCUAAAGCUUCUGACCUCUGGCAAGGAACGGCCUCCUCUUCGCUUCCCCCCUAAUCAGCACCUCGUCGUCCAUCUUCACGACCGCAAAGGCCGUCAGUCCGGCGUUCGCGAAAUAGCGCUUCAGCUCCUCCUCGCUGAACCCAGCGUGGGCCACUGUGUGCGCGACACCCUGCUUCGCGGGAUCCGGACUCUCCUCCAUGGCGUGCGUGACAAAGUCGAGGAUCAGAAAGACUCCGCCCGGCCGCAGCCGCUCCACCAGCCGUUGCGUGGCAAGCUGGAUGUCUUGGAAAUGGUGGAAGCCGAGGCCCACGGCCACGAGGUCGAAGUUGAAGAAUUCGGGAGCCGAGAGGUGCGGCGGAGACGGGUCC